AUGCAACAUAGACAUUAUGUUGAGACGGUUGAUCGCACACUUCGAGAUAUUUGUGAUUGUGAAAAGCCAUUUAGGGGUAUCACUAUUGUUCUUGGUGGAAACUUUCGACAAAUCUUACCAGUUAUAACCAAAGGAGUUCGUGAGCAAAUUAUGAAUGCAUCAUUGAGACACUCUGUUUUGUGGAAGGAUCUACAUGUUUUAUCUUUAGAUUUGAAUAUGCGCUUGAAUCAUGCAAACCUUGGAAAUGUUUUUUUUGCAAAAUUCUUGACAGAGGUUGAAACCGAUCCGCAAGAAAUCAUUAAAAUUCAAUCAACAAUACACAAAUGCCAGGAUCUAAAGGAAUUACUCUCAGCAGUUUAUCCACAAUUGGAUGUGGCAAAUAUAUCAACCCCAUCAUUCUUAACGGAACGUACAAUUCUUUGUGCACGAAAUGAUGAUGUCAAUGCUAUCAAUAUUGCUGCGUUGAAUAUUUUUCCAAGGAAUACAUAUACGUAUCUUGCUGCAGAUAAGAUGGCUGAAGAUGAUGAAAUUGAUCCUUCCAUUACAAACAGAUAUCCUAAUGAGUUUUUAAAUUCAUUGGAUCCUUUUGGGCUACUAGCUUUUAAGGUAGAGUUGAAAGUGGGUUGUCCUAUAAUGUUAUUAAGAAACAUUGCACCGAAAGAUGGACUGUGUAAUGGCACAAGAUUGAUGGUAUCAAGGUGCAACACUCACAUAAUUGAAGCUCGAAUCUUAACUGGAGAGAAGUUUGGCAAUUUGGCAUUUAUACCAAGGAUAUCAUUGACUCCGUCUUCUACAGAAAUGCCUUUCCGAAUGACAAGACGUCAAUUUCCAGUUGGAUUGGCAUACGCCUUGACCAUUAAUAAAUCUCAAGGACAAUCUGUGAAAUUUGUUGGGGUUGAUUUGCGUACACCUGUUUUUAGUCAUGGGCAACUAUACGUAGCAUUAUCUAGAUGCACAUCUUUCAAUCGUAUAAGUAUCCUCCUCCUUAAUGAUGAGCCAGAUUCCACUACAAAUAUUGUUUACCCUGAAGUUUUGUUAUGA